CUCCUCCUCCAUUGAAAAACCAGAGUUGUGCUCCUCUUCUCAGUGAGGGAGAACCAGGAAAAAAAGUGUAGAGAGAGAAACUUCUGCCUUUUCCCCUCUCUCUCUAUUUCUCUUUCCUUUCUCUCUCUAUAUGUAUAGAUAACUCUGUAUUUAGUGAAGGAUUAAAACUAGACAUUGAGUAUAGCAAGGAGAUUUAGCAAAAACAAAAAAUCCAUAAAGAUUCAGUUUUUUUUCCUGUUUUUGAGAGAUUUAAGAGAACCCCAUUAAAAUUUAAUCUAUUUGUCUAUCUGGGUGUGGGUUUAAAAUGGCUGAAAGGAAAGGAAACAAGAAGAGAUUGUGUAUAAAUCUUUCCCUUUUUACCCUAACUGAUAACAACAACAGCAACAGCAAUAAAUCUCCUAAAAAGUUUGAGGACCCAAAUGGUGCUGUUGUUGGGCUUGGAAUUGUGGCAGCUAUGAAUAAGGAGAGCAAAAAUAGAGCUGCAAUUAUUGCUAUAUCUCCAAGAUCAACUACUUCAAACCCAAUCCCAAUUUUUACUAGUUUUAAGAAGAAGCCUAGUAUUGAAGAAAUGGAGAUGUGUGAGGAGUAUACUUGUGUUAUUUCUCAUGUUGGUACAAAUUUGGUUAAGAAAAGAGAGUAUUUUGAUGGUCAAUUUAUAGGAAAUAGCAAUUUUAAUGCCUACCAGAAAACUGUUAAUCAUACAACAAGUUUUACUAUGGCUGAUUUCCUCAAUUCUUGCUUUCUUUGCAAGAAACAGCUUAAGGGGUUGGAUAUUUUCAUGUACAGGUUAGAAUUUCAACUUUGUUUUUUAGGUUAUUGUAAUGAUUAUAUGUUAACUUUUUGGGAUCUGAUAUUUAGCUGCAGAUUAUGUUUCAUAUCUAAGUAUGUUGCAGCUUUAAUCUUGAAUAGAUAUAUGCUUUUGUUUUGAGUAAAAUGGUUGAAUGAACUUAGUCAUGCUACAUAUUGAAUGGAUUUUUAGGAGUAAAAUGUUUCUUCAAUUGUGGACCCUGCAGAACCUUUAUAUAUUUGAUAAAUGAUAUGAUAUCUUAUCUUGUUUACUUUUU